AGGAUAACGAUGGUAAGACCAGGAGGGUUGUAUAGGCAAGUUUAAACGUGGAAAACAAGGGGGUGGUAUGGGCUUGUAUUCCAGUGUGCAGCGGGCGGUCAUCGCGGCGGCGGCGGCGCCGUUAUGCUGCUCCUGUAAAAACUCCUUUUAGAAAGCGCUGUAUGACAGUACUCGUCAUAUGCAUUUUCACGGUUUAAUCGUCGGUGUCAACUUGAAUUCACUCACGUUGACUACGUACCACACGCGCGAGGGGUGGUGGGAUCAGCGAGGAUUGAUGGCAAGGGCGUAUGCAGGAUGAAGAUAAUUUUAUUGACAAGCACUCGGCAAGAAAAUUGAAUUAACGAAAUAAAGAGGAGAAAUCAUCGGAUUAAGCUGACAGUCGAGGGCUGAGGUGCUAGUGACUGUGUUCGCCAUUAAUAGGAGGUUAAAAUCAAAUAAAUAGAGGUGGAGAGUUGUCAGGGUGAGGCUGUGGUGAUGCCGUGAGAGGGUGGAAAAUUGAGAAGAAUAAGAGGAGUGAGCAGGAGUUGUAGGGUAAAAAACCGAGUGAAGGAAGUGGCAGAGGGAGCUGCCGCACCUACUCGCACUUCUCUCGCAGCCAUACACACACUUUUGAGCAGUGAGGAUGCAACGGACGAGAGUCUACAUGAGCCCUGAGGCGCCCUGAUAAAGACUUCAUUUGGAUCCGCGUACGUGCGGAGACAAAUGGCUAUUCAUCGUUUGUGAAAAGUAAAGGUACCCACUUUAAAUCUUCUCCAGUGGGUAGAAAAGAAUUUGAAAAAAAAAAAAACAAUUCGACUGACAGUGUAUCCCGGGUCUUACUGGGCUCUGGGGGAGGGGGUGGAGAAUUCCCACCUCCACAAUGCCCCAGUGGUGAUCUCAAAAUCUGAAAACUGGCCCCGGGCUUUAAUCGAGAUAAUCACCGAGUUUCGGGUGUGCGUGUCAACUGUGACCUGUGACUGAAUUUAAUUGCAUGUAACCUGCGGUGGGAGCAAUUGUGAUGGGGGGGAGGGGGAUAAUGGUGGUGGAGAAUUGGAGGAGUUAAUCUAGUGAUUUAUACGUAUGCGUGAAGAAAACAGUAUGAAUGUAGAGGAGUUUGAUACAAUGUGUUCAUGCAACGGUUGAUAAUUUACAUGUGUCGUAAAUGGUGUACAGUGAUAUUGUUGGUGUUUGGGUGGUGGCAAUUUUAGCCCUACACCUUAAUUAUAAACGAGAAUGUCGAUCCCGAGGAUUGGCGUAAGGGGUAAGACAAUGGCAACCUUAUUCGUACUCAUAGCAGCAGCAACAUCGUCCACGAGGGGCCAUCGUCCUGCCCCAAAUAAUCCAGCACAACUGGUACCCACAACGGCCUCACCCUCGUCAUUGUACGUGAAUGGUGGUAAUGCUAGUCAUCAUCACAAUGUUCAUCAGAAUAAAGCACCGUGGGAUGGAUUCAAUAGUACAAUUCAUCAUUUAAAUGCUCACGUCAAGGGACAUAAUAGAACUGAUAAUGAAACUGAGGAGAAAGUGCCACUUUUUCCAACAGAUUUAUUCACUAUUGAGGAGAGACAGCGUGGUGCUGUUAUACUACAUCUGUUAGGGGUUAUAUACAUGUUUGUUGCCCUUGCCAUCGUCUGUGAUGAAUUUUUUGUCCCAUCGUUGGAUGUUAUUAUUGAAAAAUUGGAAAUAGCUGAUGAUGUUGCUGGUGCUACAUUCAUGGCUGCUGGUGGCUCAGCACCAGAAUUAUUUACAUCGGUUAUUGGUGUUUUUGUGUCAUUCGAUGAUGUUGGUAUUGGUACUAUUGUUGGCUCAGCUGUAUUUAAUAUAUUAUUUGUCAUUGGUAUGUGUGCAAUAUUCUCAAAAACAGUAUUGUCACUCACAUGGUGGCCAUUGUUUCGUGAUUGCACAUUCUACAGCGCCAGUUUACUAACGUUAAUAUACUUCUUUCGGGACAACUUUAUACAUUGGUACGAGGCACUUGUAUUAUUCUGCUUCUAUCUGGCCUAUGUUAGUUUCAUGAAAUGGAAUCAACCAAUGGAGAAACUCGUCAAGAGGAUAUUGUACAGAAAUAAAGUAACCAGGGUUAGAUCGACGGAUCAGCUCAUGCCAUCGCACCAGAGCGCUGCCCAGGCAUUGCAUCCCAAUGCGACAAACAGCAGUGAGACGAGUGUGGGUGGUGCGUCAGGUGCGUGCGGUAAUAGCGGUGUUGCGAUAAACGCCGACGCCGGUUGCAGCAGUCGAGGUGGUAGUAGCAGUGGGCAGGGAUGCGAACAAAUGUCACACCCUGGCCAGCAUCAUUCAUCGAGGGAGAGUCAUGCUAAAUUUAGGCACGGCCUAUUACAACUGAUGAUCCACACGAUUGAUCCGCUCCACGACGGUCAGUCCCAUGCCGGUAAAGUGGAUGAAAAGGCGACGCAAUUACAUGCGAUAGCGUCGCUGAAAGUGCUGUUGGACGCUACGAAGCCUCAGAAUGGUGCUGCAACGUCAACAUCGGCGCAUUACUCUGGUAGUGCCUCCAAGGAAACAGCUUUACAAUUACAACAGGGGUCUCAAGGCACCACGACCACAACUACUACGACGACGACAGCUGGGACCACCGCUGGAAUUCAGGAACUUCCAAAUGGCGGCAUUGCGUCGGGACUCGAUGCCGGACUAGAAUCGGGUGAAGAAGACGAUCCACCAGAGGCGCUGGACAUGGCAUGGCCUAACACUGGGAAAAAGCGUCUCACCUACAUUCUAGUUGCACCAAUACUAUUCCCUCUGUGGCUCACUCUGCCAGAUACACGAACCCCGAGAGGCAAAAAAUUCUUCGCUGUUACAUUCAUCGGGUCCAUCUUCUGGAUAGCGGCGUACUCGUACCUGAUGGUCUGGUGGGCAAAUGUUGCUGGUGAUACGAUACGAAUACCACCCGAAGUAAUGGGUCUAACAUUUCUCGCCGCUGGGACUAGUAUUCCCGAUUUAAUAACCAGUGUCAUUGUGGCACGUAAGGGUUUUGGUGAUAUGGCUGUAUCCAGCUCCGUCGGCAGCAAUAUAUUCGACGUCACUGUUGGGCUUCCGGUACCGUGGCUACUGUACGGUUUGAUCUACGGCAAGCCAGUCGAGGUGAACUCAGUCGGAAUGGUCUGCAGCAUCGCCAUACUUUUCUGCAUGCUCCUCUUCGUUAUCAUGAGUAUCGCAUUCUUCAAAUGGCGAAUGAAUAGAGGCCUCGGAUUCACCAUGUUCCUUCUCUACUUCGUAUUCGUCGCCGUAUCGCUCAUGUUCGAGUACGAAAUACUCGUUUGUCCCGUUUAGAAUAUUAUUAUCGAUACUGAGGAGCUCAGUCGAAAUGCAAGCCACUCUGGCCAGACGCUGCAGAAUGAAAAAUUUCAAAAAUCCAUCGCCAAAACCCCCAGAGAAGCAAACGUCGUCAGCCCCCUACCCCCAUUACCACUCAAAACCACAAAAGUAUAAUCGACAAAACGUUGUUCUAGUGAAAAUUGUGUAAAUAUGUAUAAAACCUUUCAAGAAAAAUAAUAAAAAACCAUCAAUCGUGCUUUUUAUAUAGUCAAAGUAUUGUCAAUCUGUACGGGAACGUCGGUGACUCGUUGAAAUAUAUAUAUGAGCAUAAUAACUUCUAUUUACAUGUUAUCUGCACUUGGUAAAAAUUAUUCCCUCGCUGAAUUUCAUCAAAUGGAUACAUUGAGACCUUUUAAAUGGGUCACCAGUGAGUUGUCCACUAGUUUGUCAUGGCAAAAGAAUAAUACAUGGAGAAAAUAAAAAAAACUACGCAUAAAUGAAAUAAAAACAUUCUGUGUCACGAUGCAAAAACUUCAGCAGAAUGUGGUGGAGCACUCGAGUGUCAUGGAAGUCGAUAUGUCACGUUUUACGUUUUUACGAUUGUAGAACAUGAUUAUAGAAUAUUAUAGCUGAUAAGGUAAAACAUUUUUCGCAAUUUUGUAUAACAAAAGUAAUAUCUACCGACGAAAAAAAAAAACCAUUGUAAACCAGUAAAUUAAAGAAAACUGUUGCGUGUAGUUAAUAUUUGGAAGAUGUUGUAGAAUUAGCCUGGAGCGAUUGAAACGUGACUAUUUGAAUUCUGCCUCAAGUGUUCGACUUUUGAUCGAAGUUACAUGAUUUGUUGUUAAUGUUGACAUUGAAUAGUUGAUUGAGACAUUGGGGGGAGCCUAAUUGUGGCCUACAGUAUCAAAAAAAAUGAAAUAUAUAUUAUAUCAUAGUUAACAUCCCUUCAUAUAGUUUAUAAUGAAAGAUAGCACUUGUUCACAAUUUUAAAUACUAUAAUGUUACAUGAUUAACUCAACAUUCAUCUAUAUUUUGACCUGGCGUUCUCCCAGAUCGAUUGUUUGCAUAUAGAUUGAACGAAUCGAAUUGUUUUUUUACGAAUAAAAACAAGAAUCGAGUCAUGAAUUUUUAAUGACUCAAGGGAGAUAAAUAAAUACCACCUCCAUACUAUCUAUUAUUAAUUCAAAAUAGAAUGAUAAAUCAAUUUGCAUUUUACAUUAGAUAAUGAAGGAUCGCGGGGCUGCGACGUUUGCUACGAAUGCAAAUGGUUAAUGAACAAUACAAUCACCUGGAGAACCCAAUCAACGACAUAAAUAGAGACUGGUGUUCCUCGGUGUCAUAGUUACUUAGGUGUAAUAAAAAAAAAUAUAUAUACAUAAAGUAUAAAUUAACAUGUUAAAAAUAUUAGCGAAUUAUGCACAAUACGAUCUUCCCGAAGUAUAUCGAUCCGCGAGAGAAAUAAGUAAGAGUGGUAAUGCCCUAAGAAAAUGCUGCGAAAAGGAAAAAGAAAAAAAACUCAAAAAUAUGAAUAAUAAAUAAAAUAAAAUAUCAUAGAGCUUAGUCACUAGAAGUGAAAUGAAACAAUUUUAAAAUUGAUGGAUAAAGAGUGAGAUGGAUGAUACAUAAUAGAUAAAUACGUAUUAUUGAAUAUGUAUUUAUUUAUACAGUGCAUCUAAAAAAAUAAAAAGCCAGCCGACGUGACUGCAGCUCGGGCUCCGUGUCUCUCGUUGCGUGACCUUUAGCCACCCUUAUACCCGCCCCUUCUAGUCACAUUUGAUGAAUUACACUUCUCUCUCAAAUAUUAUUCCCAUUUGCCCUCGGAUAAUAAUGAAUUGCGGAUCAGAACGACAGAAGCAAUAACGAAAAUACGCGAUUUUUCACGAAUAUAGAACAAUACGAAGACACGAGAUGCGAGCAUCACUGAUGUGGGCCAUUGGUUAUUUGUACUCAAGGAUUUUAUCAUUGAAUAUUGAAUGAAACAGGUGGUGAUAAUAACGCGAGGGAAUUUUAAACGGAUUUUUUCAGAUGAAAAUUUUUUUGGAAUUUUGUUGAUUAAAAAAAUUGUACGAACUUGAGAUAAAUAUUGUUGGUCGAUUAUUCGACUGAAGGCGCGGGAAAAAAUCUGGAGUCAAAUGGAUAAUUCAGUACGAAAAUUAUUGGUCAUUAAUUGAGAAUUAUAUCACGACGAAAUGAAUAUUUAAAAAAUGAUGGUAUAUUAUAAUUGACAAGGCAUGAACGCACAUAUCAGAGAAAGAGACGUUUAAAUUUAGAUAUCAUUAGUCGAUGAGUGAAAGCGAUCUUAGACUAGAAGUCCACUGGUAAGGUUUAAAAUAGUUGAUUAAAUGAUGAUGAAAUAAAUAAUGAGCGUUGAAGUUUCCAAGAUUACGAAAUAAUUAAUGUUAAGAUUAUAUUAAAUUGAAAAACAAGUGAUGUGAGGGGUGCGACGAUACACAACGUAACGGGGUGAGUCGCUAUCUAAAUAUAGAAGAAAAUACCAAUUAUCAUUAAUCGAUAGUUAGGAUGAUUAUGAAUAACAUACGAUUUCUUCGCGGAAUUAUUCGGAGAAUGACGAUUUAUUGAUUAUUAAAGUUACCACAAAUUGGUUGAGUUUCUGUUUAAACAUUGUAUUUGCAUUUACAUGUAGGGUUUCGUCCCCCUCCCCCGUCCAGCACCGUUAUUGAUGAUGAUUCAGGAUGAUGAUAUUGAAUGAACAAAUUAUAGAUGAACCACUCAAUUUAAUGAAAUCAAGUUGAAUAUGUGAAAUAAAAUAGACAUUAUAUGAAAACAGGUUACAUAGUCUACGAAUGUUACUGCAGGUCCAGUUGUGUUUGAUUAUUCCAUUAUUAGCGAACGAACCAACGAAGAAACAUAAGUAACGAGUUACUAUUGAUUGAGUCCUUUUACUUUUUUCAUUAUUUCGGAAUUGAUAAUGCAUUAAUCAAUACUGUCGUAUUUCGCGUAGGACAGAGAGGAAGAUACGAUUUGGAAUUGAUUAUUUGGCGAUGUUGAAGGUCAGAAUCGUCAAUAAAAUGACAAGAAAUUUCAUUUUACGUAGAUGAAAGACAUUUAUUCUGGAAAAUCAAGGGACAUUGGUGAAAAAAUGAAAACAACAAUUGGCAAUUGAUUAAAUGUUCCUUUCACUCCCCUCCAGCAUCCCUUGAUAUUUGUGGAUAAUUAACAACAAUAGAGGUGAGUUUUAAUUUUUCUUUUUCUUUGGGAGAAUUAAAUCUUCCAGUGUCAUUUUUCACAACAACACUCAUUUUACAACCGUCAACAUCGCCAAGUUUUCAUACAAACAAUUGUUCUCAGAUUGAGAACAACAGUUUUCAUUUAGAGAAAAUACUCUCGUUUCUUGUGGGGUGGGACAUUCUCGAAUCUCCAAUAUCUUCGAGACAAAGAAUGCGAGGGAGAUGACGUCGGUGGCAUUUUGAAGUUGAAAAAAUAUUGCAACUGGGGUCAAUAGUGCUGGACUAUGUGUCAGCAUCAAGCAUCCUGUUCACGAGAGAAUGCUCCAGUGUCAGAUGAAAUAUCUGGGAAAGUACUGCGAAGUUGUUGGGACGUGUAACGUGGAGCGUUGAGAAAAUUUUAUUCACGAGGAAUCAAGUAGUUUUUGUAAUAGUCUCUCUGUGACGCCUAGACUACACAGUCAUAUGCAUUUUCAGCGAAAAGCGGAUUUCUUGAAGCAGAAAACACUUGCCAUUAAAUUUCGCGAGAGUGAUGAAACGAAAUGCUGAGAACAUUUAUUUGAUUUGAAAGAUCCCCCAAGCAAUAAAGCAAUAAAUUAUUCAAAACGCGGGGAAAGACUUGAACAAUUGAAUGCGCCUUAUUCAUUUCUAGAAAUUAGGGAUUGACGUUUGAAGACUUACUCCGUUUUUCUUUCUCUCUCUGUCCAAGUCUUCGGCACAUCAGUUGAGAAAAAAAAAUUUGGGGCACCAACUGGACGGACAGGAAGGAGAGGGUAUUAUCUCUGAGACCCACUGGAAGGGCGCGCCUCGGGGGACGAAACCGGGGAUUUUGCCGUGAACACUGACAUUUUUACUAGCGAUUUCAGUAGAAACGCCCGUUUUUGUCAGCCGAGGUGCGCCCCAGCGGUCGAUCUCCGGGAGAAGUCCUGAGAUCCUGGGUCUUUUUCCGUUUCCUCUUUUUUCGUGUGGUGGGGAUGGCUAUUGGCCCUUUUCCAGACUCGUAAACGAGGGGGAAAUGUCAUUUACGACGAGUGCUGUGGGGGUUUUUACUCGUAUCGCUGGGCAGUCGUCGGCUUCGGCACGAACGCGUGUUCCGCUUUGGAAAAUCGAUCGAUAUUUCCUCGAUGCCGGGGAAAUUUGUUAAUUUGUUAGCCCGUACCUUUCUAAAAAUUUCAAAAUGCCACAGAGCCCUUCGUAUUCCAUAUUUUCAGUAUCGAGUUAUUGGUCAUUAAAAAUUGUCCCUUUAGCCCUGCGGAACCGAAAUUCUCGAGAAUCAUUUUCAUUGAGCAACUGGAGAGAGGACACUUGCAAGGGGAAAUUAUUGGCAUGAUAGGACCGUCAAAUUGGACAGAAGAAAAUCGAAUGAAUGCCACAGUUGAUAUGUGCAAAGGCAAUUCGCUUUCGGAGUCAGUAUCGAAUUAGCGACUGAAGCAAUACUCGCACGUUUUCGAUAGUUGUCAUGAUUAAAAAACCAACUAAGACAUUGAAGUUAUGGAAAAUAUCCACCUCCUCUCAUGAAGAACUGCAGCUUCAAUUGAACAAUCACACAUUAUUUCCCCAAGUCGUGAUAAAUUCAACGUCUGAAAAUCUGUUGAUAAGUGCAAUAACAAAAAAAAAUGGUAGAUGACGAGAGUGAUUGGAAUAAUUUAUUUAAGUAUUAAUAGCGAAAUGUGCUGCCUGCUUAACACUCUUUUUUCCCAUUUGUUAAUUAUGUUACCCGGAAGGGCCGGGCCAAAAUGCACUAUAACUCAAGAACUGCACGGGACAAAAUUCUUUGAAUUUGUUCCGGCAGUUCAGGAAUUAUUGAGUGCUAUUUCACAUCGACUUAGCCCCACAUUGACUCAAUUAUGUUCUUUCCCCUGACUCAAUUGAUCAACUAGCGAUCCUAGAUAAUUAUAGAAACCAAAACGAACAAAAAUAAAACGACUGACAUCGUUUUGAAUGCAUAUUUGUACAAAGACAAAACAAAAAAAAAACGCUAUACAGGAACAAUAACAAUGAUGCAUUUCAAAAUUAGCGUACCAUUUUCUUGAACUCGUUAACUAGACGGCCGUGAGUGUUUUUAGUAAUGAGAAUUAAUGGUCAAUGAUUAACGCUGUUCGAUGUUUUAAAUAAAAAAAAUGAUAUUAAAAGAAAUUUGAAUAUUCAGGAGCAAUGAUAAUUAGGGAAAAUCCAAACCAACAGAAAAGGGAGUCGCAUGAAAUUUUAAUGAGAAACUGAAUAAUAAUAAAAAAAGCCGCAAUAAAGUCACGCGUAUAAUUUAUGAUACUGGCCCCACGGCGAUGAAUUAAAACUGCGGAAAUACCGAGUAAAACACCCACCGAAAUCCCAAUAAAUGUAAAGAAAACGUGAGAAAAAAAAGUUGAAAAAAAAAUGAUUUAAAAAACUUAAAAUUUAUUAUAUCCUUAUAUACAAAAUUUUUACGGCAUAUACGAAAUACGAUGUAGAGCAGUAUAAAAUUUUAAAUACAUGCGUAGGUUAAUUGUUGUUGUCUACCAUAAAUAGUAAAUUAGUAUUAUACAUAUAUAGAAGGUGAAAUUUUUAGUUGAUAAGCGACGAAAGCAGACGAUUAAUAAACAAUUAAAAGAAAAGGCAAUUAGCGAGUGUGCGUGUGCGAGAGUGUUUAGGCUACGUGUGUGCAAAUUUACCCGAGUAUUGAUGAAAUAUAAAUUGAAAAUUGAUGAAUUAUUCAAUGAGAACAAUUGAGUAAAUAAAAGCAUCAGACAAGGCAUAGUAGACACUAAACUAAGAAUGUAUUAUACAUAUAUACAGAUAUAUCAAAUAUAUUCACAUAUACAUAUACAUAUGUUGUUCUGUACAUAUCCGUAUGUGUAUAUAUGUAUAUACAUAUCAAACAUAAAUAAAUUGAUAAUGAGAUAUGAAUAAUGCGAGUGUUGAAUAAGUGAUAUUCACACUUUAAUAAUAGAUAAAUAAAUAAAAAAAUGCAAAGGCUUGCUUGCGAUCGCCCGCAAAAUGCUAAAUAUAAAUAGGACGAGAAUGAUUAUAAGAAUGGCCAGAAUUAGGAAAAUUCAUGAUUAUGGCGUUCGAGACGUGCUCAUUUUAACGCCUGACAACAAAUGAUAAAUAAACAAUUAUAUUUGAGAUAAAAGAGAUAAAGUAACCGUGUUAUGUAGGAAAUGUCUUAUGCUAAGCACGGUUCCUCAUGUUACAUGUUGAAUUAUAAAAAAAAUGAAUGAAAUAAUGACAAAAAAAAUGAAUAAAUAAAAGUCCGUAAUUUUUUGGUCCGUUACUGCAAAUUGUUUGAGAUUAUUAUACACAAAUGAAAUCAUACAUUACUCACAUACAUAUAGGUAUAAAAAUGACUAUUAAAUAUGUUACAUACUUGCCAACUUAAAGGAUGAAAUGAAAAAAAAUAAUAAUAAUACUAAUUAUGGAAAAGCGUAGUCCAAAUUUUUCCGCCUCGCUUUUUAGUGUGAAACGAAAAUAAAAAGAUGAGGCUUCUAAACGACCGAAGCUGACAGUUAUGUUUGUACGUGCGCCGCUGAUAUCAACGUAGUCCUGACAAAAAAAAAUAUAUAUAUAUACCUAUAUAUAUCUAUUCCCCGAGUUGACUGUAACGAGCAACUCCAUUAUAAAAACUACAUCCUUUAUUUCUUUUACCAAUUAACAAAAAAUACGGGCCAGAAGUAUGACAGAAAUUGUAACAAUAUUUAAUGAACAUAUUUUGAGUGCUUUGUGCAUGUUUUUAUAGAUGUAAUUUUGAAUUAUCAACGGAAAAAUGUGAAAUUUUUUACGAGAACCAUGUUUACUUCAAUAAUUACUAUCUCAUUUAUUCAUUAAUUUUCUCCCACUAACGUCAGCUGUGUAUCAUCGGUCACGAAAAUGAAUGCCAUCGAAAAUUUCUUGCACUAAAAUAUUUUCAAUACAACUACUCUGUUACUGAGUUGAUAAAUUUACAGAUCCACUAUAUAAACAAAAAAAAAUGUAUUUACGCAACUCACUGAUGUUCUGGUAAUGCCUAUACUGUUGAUGAGAAUUUACAUUAAAAAUUUGACAUGUUCAUGCUACGCUUUCUCACCUGGUUCCUAUUCAAUCAAUUCUGCAAUAGCGUCAUGGAACGCUGUAUUGUUGAGUAACAGACGAAUUAAGAAAUUAAAAUGCCGUAGAAAAGGAGCGCAGGGAGCAAUUGGUAGGUCCAAUUGCUAAAAUCUAGGGUGCUAUCCUAGAAGUUAUUGCAUUAUCGAAUUAAGAGAUUAAAAAAAUGAAAUGAAGAGGACAGAAAAAUCACAAAUAGUGAAGAAACGAACUUUCGCUUCCAUUUUCCCCUUUUUCUUCAAAAAAAAAAACUAUUUCAACGCUGUCUUUAUACUCAACUACUCAACUUCUAUUCGCCAUUUUCGCUUAACUGAAUCUCCAACCAUUGUAGCGGAUUUUUGAAACAAACAAGAAAUAGAAAAUAUAUACUCAAAAGGAAUGUAAUAACAUGAGGAAGGUCACUGGGUCAUGAACGUUGAUCAUUCAACUAUUUUAAUUUCCCUUUGAAGUUUAUGAUUGAAUACCUCCCUCCUAGCACACCUUUGUACAAACGAGAAUAAAUAAAGUGAAAAUAUAUAUGAAAAUGCAUUUUUAAACGAUAACGACUCAUUCAUGUCGAGUAGAUGCCUGUGCAUGAUCGGUCAAUAAAAAUCCAACUUCGGUGACUACUUUGGGGUAGAAAAAUGAUGAUAAUAAUAGGAAUAACAUACGAAAAAAAAGGGUAGAAUCUUCCCCUGAAA